AUGAAGUACACCGGCAUCGCUGCUAUGGGAUUGAUGGGCUGUGCCCUCGCCCUGCCCCAGGGUCCCCCUCCUUUCGCUGGAGCCCCCAGUGACGCGCUCACCUCAUCCAGCGCUACCCCCAGCGGCACUCCCACCGGCACUCCCACCGGCACUCCCAGCGGCACCCCCAGCGGCACUCCCACCGGUGUUCCCACUGGCCUCCCCUUCGACAAGCGCCAGUUCCCCGACGGACCUCCCAGCGGCUUCCCUACUCCCACUGGCACUCCUUCCUCGGGAUUCCCCACUCCCACAGGCUUCCCCAGCGGCAUUCCCAGUGGUUUCCCAACUGAAUCCCCCAGUGGCUUCCCCACUGGCUUCCCCGUGCCCACUGGUCUCCCCUUUGACAAGCGUCAGUUCCCCUGGGGACCCGGUCACCAGGGCCCUCCCUUCAACGGCCCUCCUAGCGGACCUUCUAGCAGCUUCCCGACUCCCACCGGCACUCCUUCCUCGGGAUUCCCUACUCCCACUGGCUCUCCUUCCUCGGGAUUCCCCACUCCCACGGGCUUCCCCAGCGGCUUUGAGAAGCGCCAGUUCCCCACAGACCUCCCCUCCUCCAUCCCGAGCGGAAUCCUGAGUGCAUUCCCCUCCGGUUUCCCCACCGACCUGCCCUUCUCUAUUCCCUUCGAGAAGCUCCAGGGGUCUUCCACUGGGCUUCCCGCCCCCACUGGACCUCCUCCUUCAGCCUCCCCUCAGUAA